UGAUGACUAAGGAGAAAGUGAACCUACAAAGGAUAACGAACGAUAAGACAAGGAUAACAACUUACAAGAAGAGGAAAGCUAGUCUUUACAAGAAGGCAACCGAAUUCUCAACUCUCUGCGGUGUCAAGACAUGUCUCAUCGUCUAUGGUCCCACUAAGGCAACGGAUGAGGUGAUUUCCGAGCCAGAGAUAUGGCCGAGGGACGAGACCAAAGUCAGAGACAUCAUACGUAAGUACAAAGACACAGUGUCGAACAGCUGCAAGAAAGAAAACCACGUGGAAACUUUCGUUAACGAUUUAGGGAAAGCGAAGGAGAUGGAGACUAAUAAAAAGGUCCCUAAGAGUGAGAAGUAUUGUAACUGGGACCAGAAGCUAGACAAGUGUUCUCGAGAGCAGCUACGUGCGAUAUUCUGUGCCGUGGAUAGCAAGUUACACGAAGCUGUGGCGAGACAGGAACCUAGUAUGUUUAGGGUUCAUCAUCAAGCCAUGGACACACAAAUCCCGCAGAGUGUAAUGGAUCAACAUUACAUGCAACAGUAUUUUUCUGAGCAGCCACAGUUUCAAGGCUUCCCUAAUAAUUAUAACAAUAUGUGUUACUCGUUCAUCCCACCUCAUGAUGAUCAGAUUCAAAUGGACCCGAAUCUCACGGAGAACUGGACCAACUUGGGGUUAAAUCAAGGCUUGAUGAUGUCAAAGGGAAACGAUGGUACUCAGUUGAUGCAAAGGCAAGCACAGCCUUAUUACAAUCGUGAACCGGUUGUACCGAGGUCUGCAGCUUAUAAUGUGAACCCGUUUGCGGGAUAUCAAGUCCCGUUCAAUAUUCCUUGGAGGUUAUCGGGAAAUCAAGUUGAAGACUGGGAUCUUUCAGGGAAGAACCCGAUUUGAAUGACGGAGGUUAAUUAGUUUUUAGGGUUUUAUUUAUUAUUCUAUUUCUGCUGGUUUUGUUGUAUAUGAUGGCUUGGUUUUGUCAACUUUGUUUUUGGCAUACCAUCAUCAUUUUUACAUUCUAUAAAGUUUUGGUUUUUAGGUAAUAGGUAGUAUACUUUUCCUUAAACACACUCAAUAGACUAUUAUACCACUUAUUAU